CCAAUAAAAACUUGCCGCCACGGUCGCCGGGAAACUCAGAGCUCUCUCAUUUAUCGAAUUCUCCGGGAAGUGAUAAUGGUGGCGUGUUCUGUUGGGGAGCAACACUUCCUUAAAGGUGGGAUUGCUCAGGAACUUCGAACUGAUGGUCGGAAAAGAUUGACUUACCGUCAUACCUACGUCGAAACAGGUGUUAUUCCGCAGGCUAAUGGUUCAGCGAGAGUUAGGAUAGGUGGAACUGAUGUGAUUGCCAGUGUAAAGGCUGAGAUUGGGAGGCCAAGUUCGCUCCAACCUGAUAAAGGAAAGGUUGCUGUUUUCAUUGAUUGCAGUCCAACAGCAGAACCUACCUUCGGGGGGAGAGGGGGUGAGGAAUUGUCUUCUGAGCUUGCUUUGGCUCUUCAAAGAUGUCUUUUAGGUGGCAAAAGCGGAGCAGGCGCUGGGAUAAAUUUAUCUUCGCUUUUGAUCAAAGAAGGAAGAGUCUGCUGGGACCUUUAUAUAGAUGGGCUUGUCAUUAGCUCUGAUGGCAAUCUAUUGGACGCACUGAGUGCUGCCAUUAAGGCUGCUUUAACCAACACGGCUCUACCAAAAGUCCAAGUUUCAGCUGAAGUGGCGGAUGAUGAGCAACCAGAGAUUGACAUCAGCGACGAAGAGUAUCAACAGUUUGACACUUCCAGUGUCCCAAUCAUAGUCACGUUAACUAAAGUGGGAGAGCAUUACAUAGUUGAUGCAACAGAGGAAGAGGAGUCUCAGAUGAGCUUAGCUGUGUCUAUAUCCGUGAACCGGGCGGGCCAUAUAUGUGGGUUAACCAAAAGAGGCGGGUCUGGUUUAGACCAGAGCGUCAUCCUUGACAUGAUCUCUGUGGCCAAGCAUGUGUCAGAGACUCUGAUGAACAAGCUUGAUUCUAAGAUUUCAGCUGCAGAGGCCUGUGAAGACGAGUCUUGACUGUAGUUAGUUUACUGUUAUAUUAAAACACUGAGUUUCUCCAUUGUUUAUGGAUCUUUGUUUAAAGUGGAAGAAAAAACAUAACAAGUUACAUGAGAAGAUUGUGAUAUCUUUUGGGAGUAGAGAUUGAGAAGUGAGUGUGAGGUCACCUUUGAAGAGAACUUUUGUGGUCCAUGAUUAAGCCCAAAGGUCAA